CAAUGCAGAUUAUAGAAUGCUGCUCAAUAUUGCCGGAUUUCUGGAAGCCAGUACGAAAUUGUGGCUCGUCAAUAACAUUUCCUAUGAAAAUAUUUGAAGGGAGAUAAUAAAAGGUAACCAAAUGUGAUGUGGCACAGGAAAUAUUUCUGUUCAGAUUUUGUUUACUGUCAUCUAUGAGAACAAUUCCAGAACUGCUUUAGAAGAACAAAUCUCCGUCAACAAAAUGAUUUCAGAUAUCAUCUUGUUUAGUACUCUUCUUGUCAAUGCAUGUGCUGUUGUUAACUUCAAUUUGAAAAAGAAUAAAGAUGACCUCUUUGGAGCCUCACCAGAACCAACAGUUGGAGAUAAAAUCCGGGAAUUCUUGUUAAGUUUACGCUACUUUCGGAUUUUUAUUGGUUUAUGGAAUGUGUUAAUCAUGUUUUGUAUGAUCGUGUUAUUUGGCAACUGAUCCUUGUGGAGGUGUUCUUCAAAUGCAGCAAGUCCGGAGUGGAAUUUUGUAAUUCAUAUGGUUUGGGAU